CGAGGCCGCGACUGUCAUGCGUGACACUAUCACCACCAUGUACGAACAGGAAGGAUGUCAAGCUAUCUACUCGGGUGUCCAGCUCGAAGACAAUAGCAAAGUACAUCUCUGUGUCGCAUUCCUUUAAACACCCUCUCCCCUGACCCAUGCUGCCAGUCUGGGACUCCAUCGACGACCAUCGCGCGUUCCAGCAGUCCGCCGACUACGGCGACUUUGCGCGUAAAUUCAUCCCGUGGAUCACGGGCCCUGGCGUCAUCCUGCACGUUGACUUGCAGCCUUGCGAUACAUUUGCGUUGGCGCUGGCGGCGCCUGUCACGGAGAUCACGACGUUCUACUUCGAAAAUGGACCGCCGGGAGACUUCUUGUCACUUGUGGAGGCUUCGCUACGCCAUGCAAGGGAGGAUGCGGGAUCCGGGUUUUUGGGCUCCGCUGCGGGCGUCACGCACGAAAAUCUGGAGCAUACAGGGGUAGAGGGAAAGGGGGUUGUGUUGGUUAUUGGGUGGGAGAGCGAGGGGAAAGGGGAGGAGUUUCGGAAAAGGAAGGAAAUUGAGGAUAGAAUGGUGGAGCUGGUGAUUGAGAGUGCGGAGGCAAGGGAGACGCGGCAUGUCAAGUUGAAAAAAUUGACGUAGCUUUGGGGAAUGCCAUGUAAUGUACAACUUGACGAUAUGAUGGGGUUGACGUGUAUGUCUGUGUGCAUAGGUCAUGAGACCCAUGUAGUAGUCCGUUUACGUGCGAAUGCGCCGUGCUUAUGUGAACGGAUGAUCUGGUAUUUGACAUGCUUGUUAAGCCUCCACAUACUCAGUCACCCAUGGUUGUAAUUGAUCCAAUAGCACCACUGGGUUUCUUGGGUGAUCGUGGUUAGCGUGGCAUGGG